AUGGCAUUCCCUCUAGCGCGGCAAGCUCUUGCUGGAGAAUUAACACCAGGAAUCUCGGCACAAGAAUACUAUGAUCGCCGUCAAAACCUUGCAGCUCUUCUCCCCGAAAAUGGAAUCGCUAUCCUGGUCUCGGCCGAGCUCAGGUACCGCUCUGGCGCCGUCUUCUUCCCCUUCCGCCAAGACUCUAAUUUCCUGUACCUGACGGGAUUCGCCGAACAGGAUGCCGUGGCCGUGAUCCGGAAAACCGGUCAGCACGACCACGAAUUCAGACUGUACGUCAGGCCCAAGGACGCCACGGCUGAGCAGUGGUCAGGCCCUUGGAGUGGCGUCGAGGCGGCCAUGGACGUGUGGAACGCCGACGUCGCCGGGCCCAUCUCCGCCGCCGCACACGAGGUUGGUAAGCUGGCCAAGGCCGCCUCGCCGGCCAUCUACACAGACGCCCCCGCGUACGGUGGUGGCACCGGCGCGGUGAAGCCGCUCGCGCCGCUGGUCAACUCCCUGCGCGCCAUCAAGUCCCCCGCCGAGGUGGCCAACAUGCGCCACGCAGGUCGUGUCUCGGGGCGAGCUUUCACGGCCGCAAUGCGGGGUGAUGCAUCCGGCUCCGACUGGAAGUAUGAGCGUGACCUUGCCCUGUUCUUGGACCACACGUUCGCCACGACUGGUUGCGACGGCCAGGCAUAUGUGCCGGUUGUGGCGGGCGGGUCCCGUGGUAGCAUGAUUCACUACGUGCACAACAACCGCGAUCUGCCGCCGGGCGAGAUGGUACUGGUGGACGCCGGUGGUGAGUACGGCACGUACAUCACAGACAUCACCAGGACAUGGCCCAUCAACGGCAAGUUCACCCCUGCUCAGCGGGACCUGUAUGAAGCCGUACUCAAGGUACAGCGGUCGGCUGUGUCGUUGUGUCGUGCGGAUUCGGGAUUUUCUCUGGACAAGAUCCACAUGAUUGCCCAGGAUGGACUGCGAGAUCAAUUGAUACAGCUGGGCUUUGAAUUUGAUGGAAGGAAUGGGCGGACAAUACAGACUUUGUUCCCUCAUCACUUGAGUCACUACGUUGGCCUGGAUGUCCAUGAUACGCCUGGAUAUUCUAGGAGUGUGCCCCUGCAGCAAGGUCAUUGUGUCACAGUCGAGCCUGGUAUUUACGUGCCUGACGACGAAAGGUGGCCUGAGCCCUUCCGCGGAAUGGCCAUACGCAUCGAGGACAGUAUUUGUGUUUUAGACGACGUGCCACUCGUGUUAACAUCCGAGGCUGUCAAGGAGGUGGCUGAUGUGGAAGCUCUGCGGGCAUGA